CAGAACUGGCGCCUGAAUGUCCCAUAGAGGAGCACUUGGAUGAGAGCUGGUUUGCAGAGCAGAUGGAUCAUAAUGGAGGACUUGUUCCAAAGGAAAUAUCCAAAAAACCUCGUAAAGUGCCGGAUCACGUGAUCCUGUCCGGAGGCCUGAACAACCGCUACUGGGUGGUGGACGUCGAGGAGGAGCCUGGCAGCAAAACUCUGACCGUCGCUUGCUCCAAGACUCUCCACCCGACGGAGACGUGUCUGCUGAGGGAUGGAUGGGAGACGACGCCUGUCUGCUGCGGCGACGUGGUUCAUCUGGAGGGCCGCUGUGACGGCGGAUCCUGGCUGGUGGACCGGGAGCAGGGCUUCCUGGUGCUGCUGCCCGACAGCCUCGUCUCGGGCACCAGCAUCUCCAGCUCCAUCCGCUGCAUGAGGCGAGCUGUACUCGGAGAUAUGUUCAAGAGCUUUGAUGGUGGCUCCAAGCAGAUGCUGAACGGCACCAUGGUCCAUGAAGUUUUCCAGAGAGCAGCUCAGGGGAAAGAUUUUUCUUUAGAGAAACUCUCCCAGUUUGCUGACGAGGCGCUGCGCAGCCCUCGGUACCUCGGAGACAUGUACAGUUUAGGUGUUUGUCAGGAAGAGAUGAAACAGGAACUACAUGAUUAUCUGCCUUCACUGGAACACUGGGCAACAGAACACCUCAAUUCCGCAGCGCCUAAAGCUCUUAACCUUAAAAUCCGCGGCGGCGGCAGGUGUCCGGAGACGCCGUCGGCCGUGAUGAUCACAGAGCUGGCGGACAUCGAGGAGAACGUUUGGGCCCCGAGGUUUGGCCUGAAAGGAAAAAUCGAUGUGACGGCAAGAGUUCACAUCCAAAGGCCUCGGAACGGCGGUCUCCGGUUUUCCGAGGAGAAGACCCUGCCGCUGGAGCUGAAAACGGGAAGAGAGUCGAACUCGAUAGAGCAUCGCAGUCAGGUGAUUUUGUACACGAUGAUGAGUCUGGAGAGAUACAACCCUGAAGCUGGUUUCCUGCUGUAUCUGAAGACUGGCAGUAUGCACCCUGUGGUGCCGAGUCACAUGGACCGCAGAGAGCUGAUAAAACUGAGGAACACUUUGGUGCAUUUCAUUCACCACUGUGUGAGGAAAGAAGCGGAGCGGAGCCGCCUCUCCACGCUGCCUGAAAUCCUGACGAACAGACAGCCCUGCCAGUACUGUCCGCAGAGUAGGAACUGCGCUUUGUACGAGAGAGCUCUGGACCCGGCCUCGGCAGACGUCAGCGAGGAUGUUGUGCGCGACUUCCUGCAGGAAGAGACGGGUCACCUGACUCCACAACAUCUGAAGUACUUUUCCCACUGGCUGCUGCUCUGCUGCCUGGAAGGCGCCACCAUGGAGGCCAAGAACAGCCGGAAGCGCGUGUGGCUGCAGAUCCCCGAGGAAAGUGAGAAGUGUGGGAGCUGCGUGGGGAACCUGCAGCUCAGCGGCCCGGUGACCGCGCUGUCCGAGGGCCUUUACCUCCACCGUUUCCGGCGGAGCGCUGCCGCGCCGCUCCAGAGCUUCAGCGGCGUCGGUCUGGCCAGCAGAGACCGCGUCGUCGUCAGUGACCAGCAGGGUCGUCUGGUUGGUUUGGCCACCGGCUACCUGCAUGAAGUGGGCGGGACUUCAGUCAGCUGCACUCUGGACAGGGACUUGUCAAAAUUCAGUGAUGUGCUGUUUCGGCUGGACGGGGACGAAGGGGUGAUCGGUCUCACCACACACCUCAGUAAUCUCUCCAGACUGAUGGCGAGCAGCCCGGACAGCGAUCGGCUCAGGAAGCUGGUCGUUGACCUUCAGCCUCCAGAGUUCAUCUCUAACCUCAGCUCCGUUCUGCCCGGAGACGUCAAAGGCGCCGUCGCUGAAAUCCUCAAAGGCCUGAACAAGCCUCAGAAACAGGCUAUGAAGAAAGUGUUGUUGUCCAAAGACUACACGCUGAUUGUGGGCAUGCCUGGUACGGGCAAAACCACCACCAUCUGCACCCUGGUGCGUAUCCUGCACGCUUGUGGUUUCAGCGUGUUGCUGACCAGCUACACUCACUCCGCCGUUGACAACAUCCUUCUCAAGCUGAAACGUUUCCGGGUGGGAUUCCUGCGUCUGGGUCAAGGGCAGAAGGUUCAUCCAGAUAUUCUGCCCUACACCGAAGAAAGUGUGCGAAACAAAGGGAUCCACACUCUCUCCGAGCUGGAGCAGCUUUAUAACAAAGAGCUGGUCGUGGCGACCACCUGUAUGGGCAUCAAGCAUCCCAUCUUCAGCCGGCGCCGCUUCGACUUCUGCAUCGUGGAUGAGGCAUCACAGAUCAGCCAGCCCAUCUGUCUGGGACCGCUCUUCUACGCCAAGAGGUUUGUGCUGGUCGGAGACCAUCAGCAGCUGCCGCCAAUCGUACAAAACCACGAGGCGAGAUCGCUGGGGAUGGAUGAAAGUCUGUUUAAGCGGCUGGAGCUGCACGGCGACGCCGUGGUUCAGCUCAACGUGCAGUACCGCAUGAACAGGCAGAUCAUGUCUCUCAGUAACUCCCUGAUGUACGCCGGGCGGCUGGAGUGCGGGUCGGAGCGGACGGCCGCGGCGCUGCUCACCCUGCCCUUCCUGCUGCCCGUCCAGUCGGAGCUGGCCUCCUGCUCUCGGACUCGCCCUCAGCACGACCUGACGUGGAUGCAGGCCACGUUACUGCCAAGCAACCCGGUCUGCUUCCUGGACUGCUCAAUGGUUCCUGCUCUGGAGUCGGUGGAGCAGGGAGGGAUCAGUAACCACACUGAAGCCGCCCUCGUACACGUGUUGCUUUCCCUUUUGAUAAAGGCCGGGUGUAAGCCCAGUGAUAUUGGCGUCAUCGCGCCGUACAGGCAGCAGCUGAAGAGCAUCUCGGCCCUGCUGCGGUCCUCCGCCUUCACUGGGGUGGAGGUGAACACCGUGGACCGAUACCAAGGACGGGACAAAAGCCUGAUCGUCCUCUCUUUUGUCAGAAGCACUGCGGACGAAGGAAGUCUAGGGGAGCUGUUGAAGGACUGGCGCCGCCUGAACGUCGCCAUCACCCGAGCUAAACACAAGCUGCUGAUGGUGGGCUCCGCCUCCACGCUGCGCCGCUACACGCCGCUGGAGAAGCUGCUCGACCAUCUCCAGCAGGAGAACAUGAUCAUCCAGCUCCCUCCUGCCGCCCACCAGGCCUUACCCAGCAUCCGUCUGUGAACCCAGUCCUGCUUGAAACCAGGAUGGCGUUUCGUUGCACGGCUCGUGCACGGCUCGUGCACAGCUGCGGUUCAGUUCAACGGAGCAGAAAACUGCAGCCGGUUAAUGAGCGGAUCAAAUGUCAGGGUGCUCUUAGUAACAAAUUAAAUUUAAAUGAAGGUCCUCGCUGCUUCACAGAGCAGGUGGAACGUGAGACGGCGCUGUGGUUUAACACUCGGAUAUUUAACAGGAGAUCGGACUGUGUGCUUUAAAAUCUACCUCUGUACUUGCACAGGCCACACUUGUCAUGUGUUCUGUUGUUGCUGAUUGAAACGGACUGAUGUUCACUACCAGACGAGGUACAGCGACCCGGAGUAAUUUAUUUGUAAAUGAAGAAUUUCUUUGAGUAGAACUGACACUGAUGAUUUGUGGUACAAAACCUAAAACCUCGAGUUUG